AUGCCCAGCAGGUCGGACCAGACUGACACCAGAAACACCUGGGGGUCAGAACACCACGGCCGCCCGCCACCUCCCCGCACCCACGCCCCUUCUCCACCUUCCUUGGGCCCUCUGGGAUCUGAGCCGCCUAGCACAUGCUUCCCUGAAGACUCCGUGUCCUCGCAAGUGUCCCAUGAGGCCAGCUGGAGGGAGACCCUGACGACGGCCCAGCACGGCGACUGGGUGUAUGUGACUGAGCUCUUUCAUCUGUCCGUCGUCAGACAGCAGAGCUUCACGCAGAAAAGACAGCGCCUCUGGAGGGCCUCGCUGUCCCCCCCACAUGGUGGAGGCCCGGGGACCAAGCUGGGAGCCAGGUGUGUGGGCAGCCUGGCCUUACGCCAGCCGGUGCCGGGAACCGGCUUGGGGAGCAAAGAGUAUGGGCCCGUCCCGGGGCUGCUGACGGGGGCCACUGGCCCCAGUGAGGACAGAGCCCUGAGGAUCUGGGGGGAAACUGAGGCCCGGCUCAAGGUGGGAGCUGGCCCCGCUUGGCGCAAGUGCCUGCCCGGGAGGCGGCCUGGCCGGGUGCCUGGUCAGGAGGCGGGAACCUCUGUGAAUCGCUCCUCAGUCCCCGCGACCACAAGCGGGUUGGGUGAAAGGCGGCGGCUCCCCGCCCGCUUCCCCGCCAACGUGGGCCCAGACAAUGGGCCUUUGUGCCCGGUGUGGGCGGGUUGUCAAGCCGCUCUGCUCUCUGAGAGCCCAGACUGGGAAGUAGGGGCGGUCUUGUCCUGGGAGCGCUUCCAACGGUUUCCUCCCAAGAUGGCCGCUUCCACUUCCUGUCCCAAGAUGGAGGGCAGCAGCUAUGAAAAAGCUACGCGCAGCCACUUCAAGGGAGUGAGGAAGGACCUGUCUCCAACAGAUAGGUCCGGGCACCGUGUCUCCGCUUAA